GGCCCCAAAGCCACCCGGGAGCAGCACCGAGUCCCACCUAGAGGCUCCGUGCCAGGCGCGAACUUUUCUCCGGGACCCAGGGACUGAACUUGGCCUGCACCCGCCCCCCACACACACCCCCGAGGACUCAAGGCCACCGGGAGCCGGGAGCCGGGAGCCGGCUGGGGUGUCCGGGGCCGGCCUGGGGGCCAGCGGUCGGGGCCGAAGACACCAAGGAAAAGUGGGAGCUGAAGCGGGGGGGUGGGGGGCGGUGGGUGCAGGCUUGACGCAGGCUCGGGGCUCGGUGUACUGCGGGGUGGGCCGGGCCGGCGCUGUCAGCCCCAAGGGCGCAGCCGAGGCGCCGUCCCGAGGCCUCCCGGCACCUGUCUCGGGCUCCAGGGGAGGCUGCGGUCAUGGUGAAUGAAGACCCCAACCUACAGGAGUACGACGAUGGCCCCUCGGCGCCCGAGCCUGCACUCCCCGCGGGCCGCAGCGCCUCGGCCCACCCCAGCGUCUCCAUCCACCCCGGCGUCUCGGCCCACCCAAGCAGUUCGGCGCACCCCAGCACCUUGGCCCACCCCAGCAGCUCGCACCCCGAGGAGCUUAGCGUGAUCAAGGUGAGCAAGCGCCGCUGGGUGGUGGUCCUGCUCUUCAGCUGCUACUCCAUGUGCAACGCCUUCCAGUGGAUACAGUACGGCUCCAUCAACAACAUCUUCAUGAACUUCUACGGGGUCAGCGCCUUUGCCAUCGACUGGCUGUCCAUGUGUUACAUGCUGACCUACAUCCCUCUGCUCCUGCCGGUGGCCUGGCUGCUGGAGAAAUUCGGCCUGCGCACCAUCGCCCUCACCGGCUCUGCUCUCAACUGCCUGGGGGCCUGGGUGAAGUUGGGUAGCCUGAAGCCACAUCUCUUCCCAGUCACCGUCCUAGGCCAGAUCAUCUGCUCUGUGGCCCAGGUGUUCAUCCUGGGCAUGCCCUCCCGCAUUGCUUCCGUCUGGUUCGGGGCUAAUGAGGUGUCAACAGCCUGCUCCAUGGCUGUCUUUGGCAAUCAGCUUGGAAUUGCAAUUGGGUUCUUGGUCCCUCCUGUUUUGGUACCCAACAUCGAAGACCGGGACAAGCUUGCCUACCACAUCAGCAUCAUGUUUUACAUAAUAGGAGGCGUGGCCACUCUGCUUUUCAUCCUUGUCAUCAUCGUAUUCAAGGAGAAGCCUAAACAUCCCCCCAGCAGAGCCCAGUCCUUGAGCUAUGCCUUGGCAUCCCCUGAUGCUUCAUACUUCAGUUCCAUUGUCCGGCUCUUCAAAAACCUCAACUUUGUGCUGCUAGUCAUCACCUAUGGUCUGAACGCUGGUGCUUUUUAUGCCUUAUCCACUCUGCUGAAUCGCAUGGUGAUUUUGCACUACCCGGGGGAAGAAGUGAAUGCUGGAAGAAUCGGCCUGACCAUCGUCAUUGCAGGAAUGCUUGGGGCUGUGAUCUCAGGCAUCUGGCUGGAUAGGUCUAAAACCUACAAGGAAACAACCCUGGCGGUCUACAUCAUGACUGUGGUGGGCAUGGUGGUGUACACAUUGACCUUGAACCUGGGACACCUGUGGGUAGUGUUCAUCACCGCUGGCACGAUGGGCUUCUUCAUGACUGGCUACCUCCCACUGGGAUUUGAGUUUGCUGUGGAGCUGACAUACCCAGAAUCAGAAGGCAUGUCGUCUGGCCUUCUGAAUGUGUCUGCCCAGGUAUUCGGAAUCAUCUUCACCAUCUCCCAGGGCCAGAUUAUUGACAACUAUGGAACCAUGCCUGGGAACAUCUUUCUCUGUGUGUUCCUCACCCUUGGAGCAGCCCUCACUGCAUUCAUUAGGGCAGAUCUUCGGAGGCAGAAAGCAAACAAAGAAACUCCUGAGAAUAAACUCCAGGAAGAGGAAGAGGAGGAGGAAGAGAGUAAUACCAGCAAAGCACCCACCACUGUGUCUGAGAAUCUCUGAGAGCAAAAGGUGGUGGUGACUCAGGGACCAUGGAAAGCACUCCCGGCCUCUUCCUUCAGCGCUCACUGCCCGCACACGUCUUCACUGGAGCAGCUUUGGGAGGGAUCCGGCUGGAAUAUUUGUGGCUUGGACGGCAGUGCCUCUGCCUUCUGGAACCCACUCAAGAGCUUGCAUGGUCUAUUUUGGGAGGAUGGCACCUUUCACCAAAUGCACACUCGAUACCCGCCCCCUCCCCCUUGUAGGUUGCGGGAGCUGGUGUGGGGAGAGGCUGCUGGAGAAUGGUGGUACCAUGUCUUCCCCCUUCACCUCGAUCCUGCAAGGAGAGAGCCUGCAAAAUUAUCAUGGAAAGAAAGCCUAUUCAGGAUAUUAACUUUUUCUAGUAUCUAAGACCCUUAGAAGCCCAGUUCUAAGGAGAGGCAGCUACUCUGGAUGAGGGUGAUUUGGGGGUCAUCCAUACUGGCUGCUUAUGUUCUGUGGGUGGAAAAGCACCAUCAGGAAACCCUGCAUCAGAACCAACCCAUCAGGACUCGGCCUCGCUUCUCCUGCCCUAAGGUUGGGGUCUGUUUCCAAACCCUUUCCUAAGAGCUGAUCAAACCAAACAUCAAUAAACUUGACAGAGACUUUGAUGUGGCCGUGAAGGAGAAAUCCACUUGGGAGAGUGAACUACGUAGGUGUGUGAGGGCACUUGGGAAGGUCCGAAUUUGGUAGCUUGAUUUGGGGAUGGGAAAGUUCUUUUCUGCAAAAUCUCUGCCCAGGGACUUCUGUGCAUGUCAUAGUCACCUGAUGCCUUCACGUGGAUACUGCCCUGAGAAACUCUGCCAUUGGCCUUAGUGCUUGCUUUCUUCAAAGGGAGGGAAAUCCCUGCCAAUGUCCUGUAACCUUUUUUUUUUUGUCCUGUAAACUUUACUAAAAACUAACCUUGUUUCAUUCUACCCUGAGAAAUUCACAGAUGCUUCUGAGAUAAGAGGAAAGGAGCAGAAGGAAAGGUGGCCCUUGAAAUGGGAAUUGAGUCUACUUGAAUCAUGUGCAUCCUGCCUCCGGAGGGGAUAGUAUUUGCAUCUCCUCAUCCCCCCUCUCCCCAUCCCCUUCCAGCAAUGAUCUUUUAACAGAUAUUGUAAACUUAAAGGGAUUCCCUUUAAACAACUCAGGGUGACCUCCUGUCUUGUCUGGCCUGCUGUCUGGUUCUACUCACGUGCUGGGGUAGUGUUCCCUGAAAAUAAGACAUUUUAGUAAUUUAUCCUGUGGAUUGAGCAGCUGUGAUCAUGACCAUGGUGCUGUUUGGCUGUGACCACUGCCCAGGCUUGGCAUUUGGCAGCAGAGCCAGGGUGCUUGGACCACUGCCUGAGGGGAGGCGUGUGUGUGUGUGUGUGUGUGUGUGUGUGUGCGCGCAUGCACACGUGCGCACAGACAUUUAAUAUGUUCUGUAUGUAAUAGAAGUUCACACUUGGUGGAGGGAUUGAGUGGGGAGUAGAAGAGAGGUGGAGACAAAGCAUGCCUUACUUUCUGGUAAGGAGAAAGGUGUUUACUCUUCAGCUCCUUAAAACUUUUUAACAAAAUGUUUACCAGAUUAUUCAUUCCUUUAUAAACAUAAUUUGUAUUUUCUAUUUGUAAUACCAGAUGUUUUAAGACAAUAAAAGAUUCUCCAAGUGGUCUUGUCA